UGUGGAAUCAUUUAUAUGUUAUUUGGUGGUGCAGUGGGCAAUCUUGGAAGUCCUGAGCAAGUUACCAAGUGGUUGCAGGUACUCCAGGAACAGAAGGACACUGGGAUGUUUACAAUAACCGAGAGGGGCCACGGAAGCAAUGUAAGAGGGAUCCAGACCGAGGCCACCUUUGAUCUUGAUGCUCAGGUGAGACAUCUGUUGUUCUCUGUUCUGUUUCAUGGUUCAAGGCAGCAGGAGUAUGUACAGACCAUCUUGUCCUUUCUGAGCCCAGCCUCACACCCUCUGCCUGUGCUCUGGCCAAGAAGCUCAGGCUCAGAACAGCAUCUAAGUGUUUUAGAGGAGAUGGAUAUAAGCUCAGCCUUCAGGAGUAAUAGCAGCCAACACUUACAUAAUGCCUGUCACCAACUGGGUUCUGCUCCGAGCACUACACAUGCGUUCUUAGGUAAUCCCUUGACACCUGUGGUGCUCAAUCCACGGAGCUCAAUCUCUGUGCCUCCCAUAGGGCCCCACUGCUUCAUCGUUCCUAUCCGAGAUGAAAAGGAAAGCUUGUACCCAGGAGUGCCAGCUAUUGAUAUGAUGCACAAAGAAGGUCUGCCGGGUGUGGACAAUGGAAUUGUGAUAUUUGACAAGGUUCGGAUCCCAAGAGAGAACCUGCUGGAUAAGUUUGGUUCUGUGGCUCCAGAUGGACAGUACUAUUCACCUAUUAAAAGCAAGAGUGCAAGAUUCAAUACAAUGCUGGCCACACUGACCCCUUCAAGAUUAGCAGUGACAUUCCAAGCUGUGGGCACCAUGAAGCUUGGGUUGACGAUUGCCAUUCGCUACAGCCACAGCCAGAGGCACUUUGGGCCCAUGGGCAAAGAAAAGGUGAAGAUCAUUGAGCACCAAAUGCAGACGCUCAGGCUAAUGCCUCACCUGGCCACAGUGCUGGCCCUGACCUUCACGAGCAGGUAUGCCGCGUCCAUCCUGGGUGAAGACAUCUUCCAGGGAAAGGAGCUAAUCAAUAGUCGCUCCGUGAAGGCUCUCGUGGCAGGGCUGAAGGCCUACAGUACCUGGGAGAACAUCAGCUGCCUACAGGACUGCGGCGAGUGCACCGGAGGCAUGGGUUACAUGAUGGAAAACCGAAUCGCAGGCCUGAAGUGUGACACUGACGUGUUGGUAACUUUUGAGGAUAACAAUGUUGUUAUGCUUCAG